AAAAAAUUUAAUAUCAAUUAAUGCAGCAAUAAGUCACCACAGUCCACACAGAUAAAUUCAAAGCCAUUGGUCCCUAUUCGGCUGGUAAAAUCGUUGCUCCAACUGCCAAUCUAGUCUAUUUGUCAGGUCAAUUGGGUAUCGUUCCAGAGACAGGAAAUCUGAUUUCCGAAGAUGUGGCAGAAUAAGCAACCCAAGCUAUGACCAAUGUGGGAAUCUUGUUGGAAGCAUCCAAGUCUAGCUAUAAGAAUGUCGUCAAAUGCAUUGUUUAUCUGGUCGAUAUGGCUGACUUUGCAAAGGUCAACGAAGCCUAUGCCAAAUUCUUUGAUGGAGAUUACCCAGCCAGAGUUUGCAUUGCAGUCAAAUAAUUACCCAAAGGUGGUUUAGUGGAAGUCGAAGUCAUUGCGGUUUAGGAUACAGAAUGAUCAAGAAUAUAUUGCAUAAAAAAUUGUAUAAAAAGGAUAUUAGUUUAAAUAA